GAAUGGUUCCGGGGUAUAUAAAACAGAAGUUGUAGAAACCUAGUCAUAGACAGGACAGAGCUCUACAGAUAUAUAACAUACGACGAGAAAAAACAAGACAUUAACUGUUUGACCAGUUAAUACUUCUCGUGUCUUUAUAAUUUUCAAAAUGAAAAUUACGUUGUUUUGUGUGUUGGUAUUUUGGACGAUUUGUUCGACUACAUCGAGAGAGAUUCCACAACAGUACUCACGAAAUGCCAGAAUAGCAAAAGAAUUAAAUGAACUGGAACAUCUAUUGAAAGACCGAGAAUAUGAGACACAUAAUCCCAGUGAUGUUGAAAGGGAGACAACCCUGCAGGAACCAGAGGAAGAAGAAGAAAGGGAGCUGGAGGUCAGACAAGGAAGUUUUGGGAAACGACAUCUUGACAGACCGAGCAAGUCUUAUGCAAGGAAAAUGGAAGAAGGCAUGCAAAAACUAACACAAAGGAAAAGGUUGUUGGCAGAGAGAAAUAUGAAAGAAUGGAGGAAAUCAAAUGGAGAUCUACCUGAACCCGAGAACAUUGACCCUGAUGACCCUGAAUCUAACCUGUUUGAAGGUAUGGAAAUUGAAAACAAUGGACAUCCUCAUCUAGUUCAAGGACUCCACCCAGAAAACAGCGCUAAGACGUAUGGUGAUUCCCAUGACUCGCACAAACUUAUACCAGAACAAGAAGUACUAGCCAAGAAAUCACGUUACUCAAGUGGCAGAAAGAGAAAUUUUGACACUUAUACCCCUUGGCUUUGGAAAAAUGGAAUUGUUCCUUAUAGUAUGUUUAACAUGUCUGCAAAUGCUCAGACAGUGAUCAACAAAGCCAUUCAACAGGUCAAUGACUACACCUGUGUUAAAUGGGUAACAACCAGUGAUCCCCUAUUCAACUCAACAGCUCUUGGACACUCUAAUGUUGUUACAUUUAUAAAUGCAGGUGGAUGUUGGUCCUAUGUCGGCAAUGUUAAUCCUUAUGGUAACAAUGUACAGCCAGUGAGCUUAUCAGAACCAGGUUGUAUUAGCGUUAGCACAUCUGUGCAUGAAAUGUUGCAUGCCAUGGGAGGACAUCAUGAACAAUCUAGAACUGAUCGUGAUGGUUACGUCAGUAUUGCUUGGCCAAAUGUAAAGCCAUCAUGGAAUGGACAGGCAUAUGUACAAAAUAAUAACAUGGCCAAGUCCAACACACAAGACAACAACCCUUACGAUGCAGAAUCAUCUAUGCAGUAUAGUUUAUAUGCCUUUACCAACAAUGGCCAGAAAACAAUUCUCUUUAAAGAUCAAAGAUUAGAGUUUUUGGCUGAUUCAGCUGAUGGUUUAGAGUUCUAUGAUAUACAAGAUGUUACUGAUGCUUAUAAAUGUACAGACCACUGCACCAACAAACCUAACUGUCAGAAUGGAGGCUUUGUUAACUUUCAAUGUACAUGUACUUGUCCAGAUGUACUGACUGGAGCCACCUGUGAACAGACUGUCUCUAAUAGUCAAACUUGUGGUGGUGUUAUCAACCUUGCUGCAGGAGAGGAAAGGUUGAUCCAAUCACCAAACUAUCCAUCUAACUACCCAACAGGACUAGAAUGUACCUGGUUAAUAAAGGGACCAGCUAAUAGUUUAGUAAGAGCCUCUGUACAGUAUAUGGAUCUAACUUCUGGUAGCGCAUGCAGUCAUUGGUUGGAGUAUAGAUAUAACUUAUUGGGACAGAAAGGUCCAAAGGUAUGCGGAACAAACUUUGUGGCUGACGUUGAAAAAUGGGACAGUUCACCAGAUGAGCUGAGCAAUGCAAUGAUAAUUAGAUUUGACAGUAACACAUACUCAUCAGCGGCUACUUCCAAAGGAUUCUCCAUUAAAGUGUCACCAAUAGGAGCUGGUUGUCUCAAUAACCCUUGUGUAUUAGGAACAUGCAGCAGCCCUUUGAAUUCUGGUACCUACACAUGUGCAUGUAACCCAGGUGUAACAGGGACAAACUGUGAUCAAUUAACUACAUCCUAUCAAGUUAUUUGUACAUUUGAGUUUGGAGAAAAAUGUCCAUUUGAAAAUGAAGGAAGUAAUGCAAUAAAUUGGGACACUAACAGUCAAGGUACCCCAUCAAGCAAUACGGGACCAAGCAAUGCUCACGGAGGGUUCCAGUACGUGUAUACAGAGAUGUCAGGAAAAAAUCCUGGUGAUAAAGCUACCAUGUCAACAACUUCACAGUUACCAACUACUAGUCGCUGUAUGACGUUUUAUUAUCACAUGAAGGGAUCUACUAUGGGUACUUUAAACAUAUACUCUGAGGGGACAAAUACAGCCAAAUCUAAUAUAUGGACACGGUCGGGUGCUCAAGGCGAUGAUUGGAUCAAAGCAGAAAUAGACAUACCUGCCAUUAAUGGUCUAAAGAUGACAAUUGAAGGUGUUCGAGGAUCUGAUUGGUCAAGUGACAUAGCCAUUGAUGAUGUAUCACUUAUUCCAGGAACUUGUGGCAACCCAGUUACAUCUGGUCCAACUACCGCUGGUCCAGUUACAGCUGCACCAACUACGCCUUCACCAAAUACGCCUUCACCAACUACACCUUCACCAACUACGCCUUCACCAACUACACCUUCACCAAAUACGCCUUCACCAACUACAGCUGCACCAACUACAGCUUCACCAACUACAGCUUCACCAACUACAGCUUCACCAACUACAGCUUCACCAACUACAGCUUCACCAACUACGUCUCAACCAACAGAUGGCACCCAGACAUGUACAUUUGAAGAUGAUGCUCCAUGUUUUUUGGUUGAAGCUACAAAUGAUGAUUUUGAUUGGACUCUUAGAAGUGGAAGCACUCCAUCUGGGGGCACUGGACCACAAUCAGCUGUAGAAGGCGGUAAAUACAAGUAUGUAGAAGUUUCUUCACCAAGAGCUAGCAAUGAUGUGGCUAGGUUGGAAUCGUCAACGAUCUUAAAUGCAGGUGACUAUUGUUUGACUUUUCAAUAUCACAUGUUUGGUUUGGAUACAAUGGGAGAUCUCAAAAUAUCAACUGGAGUUACAGCCCCUGAAAAUGAAAUAUUUAUAGAAUCUGGUAACCUUGGUGACCAGUGGAACAAGGGAAUGGUUACAAUUUCUAAUGCUGCAGGAAUGAAGUUAUUUAUAGAAGCUAAUAAAGUAACAUCCUGGAAAGGAGAUAUUGCUAUAGAUGAUAUACAACUUAUGCCUGGAGCGUGUGCUGGUGUGAGUCCAUGUGACACCAGUCCUUGCCAAAAUGGUGGAUCCUGUUCAGAAACAACAACAGCCAUUGGUUACACCUGUUCUUGUGUGGGUGGAUUUGUGGGACAAAACUGUGACCAAGUUGAUGGCAAAACAGUAUCAGAAUUUACUUGUGGCUUUGAAACAGAAAAUAAUUGUGUGUUUGAAAAUGUUGAUGAUGAUGAUUUUCAAUGGACUUAUAGAUCUGGAUCAACCCCAAGUGCUGGUACAGGCCCUUCUAGUGCAUAUGAAGGCACGCAGUAUGUCUUCACUGAGGCCUCAUCUCCACGUGGUCAGGGGGACAAAGCUGUUUUGUCCACUGUUAAUACUUUGCUUGCAGGUACAAGUAGCUAUUGCUUGCAGUUUUAUCUACAUAUGUAUGGUACUCCUGGUACUAUUGAGGUCAAGUUUGGUAACCGUGGUUCUUCUUCUUCUUCUGUGUGGUCCAAGUCUGCUGACCAAGGAAAUCAAUGGGUCUUCCAUCAAGUGGAAUUACCUGCCAGCUUCACAGAUCCAGUGAUUUUCUUUGAGGCAAUCAGAGGGUCAUCAUAUAAAGGGGAUGUAGCCCUUGAUUCAGUUAAACUUAUUUUGGGACAAUGUGCCUCUGGACCGUCUGCCUGUGCUACAAACCCUUGUAACAAUGGUGGUAGCUGUAAUGAGGAUGGCAGUUCUGCUGGUUAUUAUUGUAAUUGUAUGACAGGCUGGUCAGGAGAUAACUGUGAUGUUCAAGAUGUAUCGGGUAAUUCCUACAGCUGUGGAUUUGAGACAGCUGGUGCACCAUGUAUUUUCAAGGAUACAACUAAUGAUGAAUUUAAUUGGACACGACGUACUAAAUCCACCCCAAGUAGUUCAACAGGACCAACCGAUGCAGCCACAGGAGAUUACUACAUGUACAUAGAGACGUCCUCCCCAAGAGUUAUUGGUGAUACAGCUGUUCUCACAACUCAAGAUACUAACUUACCCGCUGGUAGUUGGUGUCUCACCUUCCAGUAUCAUAUGAAGGGAUCAAGCAUGGGAUCAUUGGAAGUAUUUGCUGGGGAUAGAUCAUCUUCUCUGACGAGUAUCUGGACAAAAUCAGGAGAGCAAGUUGAUCCAGACUUAUGGAAAACUGCUACUAUAGAUAUACCACAACAAAGUAGUCCUGUUAUCAUGAUAGAUGGAAUCAGAGGUAGUUCAUAUAGAGGUGACCUUGCUAUUGAUGAUAUCACCCUCAAUGCUGGUACAUGUGCUAGUGCUGGAAAGUAAAGAGAAACAGAUUAACUCUACAACCAUGACUAGGAUGGUGUGAUAUUUACACUUAUAAUGUUCAUGUGAUAUUAACAGUUACUAUACUGUUUCAGCAAUUUUUAAAUAUAAUAGAAAUAUGUUUAAAUGCAA